AUGGUAGAUACAAAACUUGAAUCGGAAGUUGAGACAAGUAUCAGCAAAAGCUGGACCAAGUUGUUUAGUAGUUUUAAACGUAUGGAAGAAGUUGAAGUUGUGGAAUCACUGACAAAGUCAAAUUAUGACGUUCAAGUGAUGGGAAAGAAAUAUGAGGAUAUGGAUGAUGUGGAAAAAGCCAUUUUCAAUACUACAAAGAGAUCGCUGAAUUUAAAUAGAGAUUUGUCGAUUCGUCACUUGUUAACUCUUGCAGUUGGUGGUGCCAUUGGUACCGGAUUAUUUGUUAACUCUGGAUCGGCUUUAAAUAUUGGUGGCCCAGCAUCACUGGUGAUCGCUUGGACUAUCAUAUCUACAUGUUUGUUCACUAUUGUUAAUGCUUUAGGAGAAUUGGCUGCAGUAUUUCCUGUUGUCGGCGGUUUCAAUGUCUAUGUUACCCGACUAGUUGAUCCUUCACUUGGAUUCGCUGUGAAUAUCAAUUAUCUUGCACAGUGGGCUGUACUGCUGCCUCUUGAGUUAGUUGCCGCAUCUAUCACCAUUCGGUAUUGGAACAACUCGGUAAACUCUGAUGCAUGGGUUGCUGUAUUUUAUGUUUGUAUUUUCCUUGCUAGUCUGCUAGAUGUCAAAUCGUUUGGUGAAACAGAGUUUAUAUUGUCCAUGGUGAAAAUUUUGGCAAUCGGAGGAUUUACAAUUCUUGGAAUCGUUCUUAUAUGCGGCGGAGGCCCUAAAAAUGGUUAUAUUGGAGCUAAGUAUUGGAAUGAUCCGGGAUCUUUCGUAGGUGCCAGUCCCGGUUCUCAGUUUAAAGGCCUUUGUUCUGUGUUUGUCACUGCAGCGUUUAGUUAUAGUGGAACUGAACUGGUUGGUGUUUCCGCUGCAGAAUCUGCAAACCCCAGAUAUACACUGCCAAAGGCGUCUAAAAGAACCUUUUGGUUGAUCACAUUAUCAUACUUGCUUGUGCUCACCAUUAUAGGCUGUCUGGUGCGUCAUGAUGACCCUAAGUUGUUGAGUGCAUCUUCCUCUGUAGAUGUUGCUGCCUCUCCCUUAGUUAUAGCAAUUGAAAAUGGGGGCAUACAAGGCUUACCAUCAUUAAUGAACGCCAUUAUUCUCAUCGCCAUAAUCUCAGUUGCAAACAGCUCUGUUUAUGCAUGUUCUAGAUGUAUGGUUUCUAUGGCCGAAAUUGGUAAUUUGCCGCGCAUUUUUACUUAUAUUGAUAAUAGAGGAAGACCAAUUGUUGCUAUAAUAUUCACUUUGGUUUUUGGUCUGUUAUCGUUCAUUGCAGCAAGUAAUAAACAAGAAGAGAUUUUUGUCUGGUUGAGUGCCUUGUCUGGGCUUUCCACAUUGUUUUGUUGGCUAGCCAUCAACAUCUCUCACAUCCGCUUCCGCAGAGCUCUCAAUACACAAGGAUAUUCUCUAGACGAACUGCCUUACUUAUCCAUGACAGGCGUUAUCGGUUCGUGGUAUGGAUGCGUUGUGAUUAUCCUCGUUCUUAUUGCAUCUUUUUGGACUUCACUAUUUCCAGCGGGCAGUUCUGGUGCGGAUUGGGAGUCAUUUUUUAAAGGUUAUCUAUCAUUGCCUAUAUUCCUAUUCUGUUUCGUAGGCCAUAAGCUUUACAAGAGAAACUGGAGUUGGAUGAUCCGUUCUAAUAAAAUAGAUGUUAACACUGGUAGAAGGAUGAUAGAUAAAGAAGAGCUAGAAAAGGAGAAACAGGAAUUUAAUGAAUAUAUGGCCCGAAAAUCAUUCAUUGCAAAGCUAUGGAAUUUAUGGUGUUAA